CUUCCCCGGCUUUGCUCCUUGUUUUUUAGGCCUUCCAUGAUGGCAUAUGAAGAUGCUCGUAGAUGCAUGACCCCCGAUUAAGAUAUGGAUGUUGUACCUGAUAGAUAGGUAUGCAUAUAUCAGGAUAGUCCCUAAGAGGGUCAGGACUAGCAGAUAAAAUCGUAGUUAGACUAGAUAGAUGGCUCCACAGAAAAGUUAGGAUGCCAAGCAGCGACCCUCACAAAUUGAAGCCGUUCACCACCGUCUUCAGUCACCCCGAACUAUUCAUACCUUCAUGCAUAGGGCUUGACUUGUUUUGUUUGAGCCAGCUUUCUUCUUCCCCAUGCCCUAAGAUCCUCCAAUCGAGAGCUACGAGGCUCUUGACUUACCCGUUUUACACCUAACCUCAUCAUCGCAACGCAAUCUAGACCACCAACUGCCGCCAUGUUCACACGAGCUUUGCAGACGGCCUCGAGCCUGUCGCGCAGGAAUCUUUGUCGCACAUGUCUCCUCCGAUCCAUCGCCGCACCCCGUCAACACCGGCGCCCUCUACAUCUCAGUACCAUCGCCAAGCGGGAUGCAGCGCAAGAGGCUUGGGACCAGAGGGCCGAAAGAAUAAAAAAUGGAGAGGAGCCGAAUCUAUGGACUAGCUUCAAGGAGCGUGGAUAUGUCAAAGACAUUGCUGGUACGGACGAACAAAUCAGCGAGCUCAUGAGGCGCAAGAGAAUAGGCGUAUACGUCGGCAUCGAUCCUACUGCUGCUUCACUCCACCUCGGCCACCUGCUUCCCCUGAUGCCCGUGUUUUGGAUGUAUAUGCAUGGAUACCGAGCUAUCACUAUGAUCGGAGGAGCAACGGCCAAGGUGGGGGAUCCAACCGACCGGCUCCAGACCAGAGAGGAUAUGCCUAGGGCCGACAGCGCAAUGUACACCACCAAGAUGCACUACCAAUUAAAACGUAUAUGGCAGAAUGUCGACAAGCAGGCCGCUAGAUAUGGCUACCAAAAAGAAUGGGCCUGGAAUCGCGAGCUUCUAAACAAUAGCACCUGGUUCAGCUCAAGCUCCUUUAUAGAGGUCGUCAACCGUUUAUUCAAGAGAAUGCGGGUUGGUCCGAUGUUGGCACGUGAAACUGUCAAAAGAAAGAUGACGGAGGGCGAUGGCGUGUCUCUUGCCGAAUUUGUCUAUCCUAUGAUGCAAGCUUGGGACUUUUGGAAGAUGUUCUCCGGCCCGAAAGGGGUAUGCAUGCAGGUAGGAGGUUCCGAUCAGUACGGCAAUAUUACCGCUGGCAUCGAUGCCGUCAAGAUGCUCCGCGACACAGAGCCGGACCCUGUGAGUAAAUUACCUGCGGACCUAUUGCAUACGCCCGUCGGUUUCACUGUGCCCCUCCUGACCGACUCAGCUGGCAAUAAAUUCGGUAAAAGCGCUGGCAAUGCCAUGUGGUUAGAUCCUUUCAUGACGAACUCCUUCGAUCUCUACGGCUACUUCAUGCGAAGGCCUGACGAUGAGGUUGAAAAACUUUUAAAGCUAUUUACUUUUCUACCCCUUGAGGAGAUUAACAAGAUUAUGAAAGAGCAUAACUUGGACCCUGCUAAGCGCCACGCUCACCAUAUCCUUGCUUUUGAGGUCCUUGCUCUAGUCCACAGCCUUGAAGAAGCCAGGGCUACUCAAGAUCGACACAAGCUGAUGUUUUCCAAAGACAAGCCGUUUGUCACUCCCGUAUCUACAGGGGAGUUGGAAUCAUUUCCUGAUCGUGUAGAACCCGCAACCUCCGCCUUGGCCCUAAACUUCCGGCCCGAUAUUCAACUUCCUGAGUCUUUGAUCUUGGGUCAAUCUAUAGCAAGGAUUAUCUAUGCCGCCGGCCUGGCAGACAGCAUCAGUGAUGCACACCGCCUGGUAGCUCACCGGGGUGCCUAUGUCGGUGGGGCUCCUGGCCGGACAGCUCGUACCAAUGAGCCGAUGCGCGAAGGCGAGGUAACUUUCCAAUCAGUAAAGAACUGGUUUCCACAAGAGACCAAAAACUUCCUCAUCGACAACAAGAUUCUCGUCCUACGACGUGGCAAGCAUUUCAUCCGGAUAAUUGAGAUGGUUAGCGAUGAGGAAUGGGAGGCCAGCGGAAAUGUUUAUUCCGGCGAACCCAACAAGGGCCGUCUGCGUCUGCUGCGCGAGCAACUCAUUGCGGCAAACGGUGGCAAGAACACCAGCCCACCUUUCAGCACUGCGGAGCUUGCGCGCGUAGGCGAGCAGCUUGCUCGGAUAGAAAGCGCGGGAGACAACGCCCUCGAGGAAGCCGAUACUUCGAAGCCGCCGCAGAUCAAGUUCCCUCCCGAGCGGACGCGCGCCGCACAGCUGCUAGACAAGUACACGCAGGCCCGGCAGCUGAACCCGCAUAUCAACCUCUCCAUGAAGCAGAAAACGGAGGCCAUUGACAAAGUCCUAGCAGAAGCGCAGUCGGUGCUUGAAAACAAGAAGAGGAUGCGCGAUGAGGUUUUGGCACAGGCUUCUGCUGCUGGAGAAGAGAAGAAGGUUUGGUCCUGAGAGUGGCGGAAUUCAAUGACAUAAAUGGGGAAGGGGUCGUGUAUCAUUGAUGUAAAUAUAUGAAUUUGUAUGGUUGCCUUGUCGGUUGAGGGGCAUGGUAUCAUACUAUGAUUUUUACGAACUUGUAAUAUAGAGAGAGAAAAUGUAGAUUAUGAAUGUUCUCACCCCUUGCUCCGGUUAUGUAUCCACGGGAAGACUAAACAUACCUCCUACUAAGUUCUCUUAGGAUUUCACCAUGCUAGUA